GCCACGGUCAGGGUCGGACGUGGUCGCUGCCACGCUCCCUCUGACCUACCCUAAAUACCACGUGUGCCGUUCCCGCCUCGUUCAAUCGCCAUGGCAUUCAACAGUGACCAAGUGCUAGUGCUGAACAACGGUUCAGGGAAGAGGGCAAGAGCAUCCUCUUCUUCAGCAUCCCUAAAGUGCUCCACACCCAAGAAAGCGGCCCGUAACCUGCUGGAGGACAGCAGCAGUGAUGAGCGCUCACCGAAGCGAGCCACCCGCAGCCUCCAGCCUUCAUGGCAGGAGGACAACGCUACCGAAGCGGACUGGGCCCCACUCGACCUCUCCGUUUUCAGCGACGUGGUGCAGCAGCAGCAGCAGGACGGCGGUGAGGAGCAAGGAUGGACUACCGUCACGACCAGCCGAGCUCGCCGCCACCAGCCCCCGAGGCCCAAGUUCAAGCUGGGCAGCCUGGGCGAAUACGAGAACUCUAACCGAGCCAUCUCUGCCCUCGAGAGGGAGUAUCCGACCCUUCGGAUACAGGUAAGGGUUAAUCUCAAGUGUGAGCACGUGGUCACGCCCAAGGACGAGGAUUCCACGGCACUCUUGCGCCGCAUCGCGGAGGAAGGAAACAGGGUGCUCCUCCUCGACCCAAGCGUAAAGAGGCACAAAGUGGUGCUGGAGCGCUACCCGCUCGACCUGCCUCUCGAGGCGGUAGAGGCUCACCCUCAGGUGACCUCCGCCCAGCAUCUGACCUCCAGGAGGGACAAGUUGCCCACGAGACAGGUGCUACUUGUGUGUGUGGGGCCGCCGCCCGCCAAGUUGGAUCUCGGCUGCUGGGGCAGAUACUCCCUGCGCCCCUACCAAGGUGAGCCUGUAAGAUGUUAUAGGUGCCAACGGUACAACCACCUGCUGGCGCGGUGCGAACAUGCCGCCAGGUGCGGCGUGUGCAGCCUGCCCCACCCGACGGAGGAGUGCAUCGCCCGCCAUAAGGCCAACAAGGCAACCACCGCCAGGUGCCCAAACUGUGGGAAAAACCACCACGCGUGGAACCCCCAGUGCCCUGAGAGGCUCCGUAGGAUGCCCCGUUCACGCCAGCAGCAACAACAGCAGUCUCAGGCGCCACCAAGGCGGCAACGUCGACGUCGCCAUAAAGCGUCGCAUGGGCAGCCCCGGCAACAGGUCGCUCAGCCCCAGCAGCAACAGUAUCCACCACGUGGCCAGCCAGGAAGGUCAGCGCGAGAUCCCGUUGCACCCGCCCCACCUCCAGUCAGGUCAGCUUGGGUCCCGCGGCAGGCCCCCUCAGCCACCCCCCCCACCCCCGUCCCAGCCAGCGGCAAGACCGGAAGGGAUUAACCAGCAACCCCCUCACCGCCGACCCGAGGUACAGCCUCCAGCCAUAGGCACGGAGAGCCGCACCCCCUCCGCCCACCCCUCCACUCGCUCAGGUAGCACCCCUACCAAGCAUGCUAGAGCCAAGCCCCACCACCCGAGCAGCGUCACACAAGGGAGAGACCCUCCCGGCGACGCCCCCGCCCGUGCGACGACAGGCCCAGCACCGACAACGGUGAAGAGGAGAGCCAUGGUCCCGAGCGAUCCUCUCCACGGGGUGCCCGCCUGUCUCAGCGAAGAAACCCGCGCGGUGGUCAACUGCCUCGUGGCGCGGAUGGUGCAGUUGAUGGCGGAGCUGCUUGCCAGCCCUGAUCACGUCCCCGCUAGGCGGGACGAUCUGGACGCGCUCCUCCGCCAGGAGACGGCCAUGGCCAUCUAUGAGUGCGGCCUCCUGCCACCACCACUGAACUCGAGGGACCCACGUCUGUGCCCCUCCCUCCAACCACCAGACCUUCACCACCAACAUGAAGAGGAGAUAUGCUGAGGGCGCCACCCACGCGGACCAGCCUGCAGGGCCCCCAGGCUCAGAGUCCUGCAAUGGAACGUGCAGGGCCUGCGACCCAAGAAACAUCAAGUCCUACAGGCCGUCUUCGAGGAGCACCUUGACGUUGUGCUCCUCCAGGAAACACUGACGCCCGCCGACUUUGAAUGGAGGGUGGCGGGCUACACCCUUCACUCGCUCCCCACAGCGGAGGGCACCCGAGGCUGUGCAGCACUGGUGAGGAGCACAAUCCCUCACCAUAGGGUUGCAGCCCCAGUCAACUGCGGGGACGGUGUGGAGGUCCUGGCGCUGGAGCUGCAGGUGGGAAGUCUCCCGCUCCUGGUAUAUAACGUAUACAGGAGCCAGCGACACCAGCUGGAGGCAGGAGAGCUUCUCACCCUCGCCUCCCACUCCAGUCUCUUGGUUGCGGGCGACCUCAACGCCCACCACCCCAUGCUACAGUCACCGUCCCCAGCCAACGAAACGGGCCGCCACCUGGCCUUGCUGCUCAAGGAAAUCCCUCACGUGUGCCUUCUCAACACAGGGGAGGCCACCCACACCCGGGGAGGAAGGCUUGACCUCACGCUGGUCUCGAGUGACCUGGCGGCAGGCGCUACGUGGCAGGUGCACCCGACCCUCACCAGCGACCACUUUGCCAUAACUUUAAGAGAGUCAUCACUAUCGCCCCAAGCACCAGUGUGUAAAACAAGAAGGGGUGGUGAACGUAGUCACCACCCGUAGUUGCAAUAAGCACAACAGGUACUACUCUCUCCUUUGCCAUUACCCUGAGUGUUUUGGCUGAAAGAAACAUGUUUAUUGUACCUCUUACAAAAUGUCAGCAGACCAAUACAUGGGUAGAACAAAUGCCGAGUACAUCUUACUAGGGAAAGAAUAGAAUAACGUAAAACGGCCCACAUGCCUCAAAAAACAUAACAAAAUAAGCAUAGUACUUUGUAUGCACAUAAUAUUACACAACGCAGUGUGUAAACAUAAGGUCCACAGCACAGCACCGUGCGGCAUAGAUAAUAAAAUUAACUUAUGUACAAAAGAAAAAAGGAGGAUGCAUGGGUCCUCAUCAUCUAACCGCUGAUGCUGUGUUGUGGUCACAGAUUGGAGGAAAAUUUUACAAAAUUUUGCAUGGCAAAGACGGGGACGACAAAGGCGCUCAUUCAUUGGCCUUUUCCAGGGCCUAGGCACACUCACUCAGGUCCCUGGGGGUGGCGUCACCCAUCGCACACACACACGCAUAACACUUGGGCGGCAUCAGGCCCUCACACGUGCACUACUCGUCUUUCUGUGGUCCCUGUAUAUGGCAACCCCCCACUCCAUUGUCUUCACCACCAUGAGCUUCACCCGAGACUUUGGAAGUCCCAGGGAGACCCACGUGUUGAGGGAGGGGAGUGCCACGGAGCCUCGCCAUGACACUGUAAAGGUCGACACAACAGGGGGUGUUCCAGAUAUACGGGCAACAUAGUCACGGAUCGCGGGGAUGUUAUAUUUCUCCACUUUGAGAUGGUGACUGGCGUCCAGGCUGCCCACGGCCGCGUCAGCGACCACCUGCACGUCGAUCACCAUCGAACGAUCCCCUCUCCAGCACACAAUAUCAGGGUACCGGACCCCGGCCGGGGUCAGGAUGGCAGGUUCCCUCAAAACCUGAUACCCCUUGUGCUGAAGUUCAGUGAGGUACAUAUCCAACAGCCUGUUAUGUCUGGCGGUCCUCACCCCUGCCACCGCCGGGCACUGCUGCAGCACAUGCCCGAGCGACUCGAUGCGGCGGUUGAAGCAGAGGUCGCAGUGGAUCUCAGGCUGUGGCUGACCCCUAGAGGAGCGGAGGCGUGUCGCCAGCAAGCCACAACGCAGCUUUACUGCCUUCACAUAAUCCCCGCCCCUCAUAAGGGUCGUACCGUCACUUAUCCAGGAUGAGGAGAUGGGCGUGUCCCCGAUCCCCUUCAGUCCUCUUGUGUCCACUGCAUUGUACAGGGAGUCGCUCCAAUGCUCUCGUUCCUGUCUCCACCGGGAGGAGCUGUCGCCGGCAGGUGGAGCAGCUGCUGAAGCCACCGCAACCUCCCUGACCGUAGGGUCAGAGGAGAGCGAGAGGCACUCCAUCAGAUCUUCCCUCAAGCGAGGGAUGCGGGUUAGCAUGGAUGGUAUGCCUAGGCCACCGUCCCCUACGGCGGCAUGAAACACCCCCAGGGGUGUAUCAUGAGGCAUAUGGAGGGCGUGCCUGGCGAACCUCCUCGUAUCCCUGUCCACUCGCUUAAGAGUGCCCUUCUUGGCCUUGGAGUGAAGCAGGGGAUACAGCAGCUGCGGAACGAUCACAUUGAUCAACGCCCAAAGCUUCUGCUGCGGUUUCGCGGGGCUCCGCUGUAGCCGGCUCAGUCCGAUGUUCAGCUUCACAAGCAGUUGGGACGGCCCAUCUGCCCAUGGGGUCCCAACUCACCCCCAGGUAGCGGUAAAACUGCCCGGGGCCGAGUGCACGUAUAGACUGGCCAUCCACUUGGACGUUGACUUCUCCUGGACCCACGUCCUCCUCUUGCCGUCCGCCCUGAUUCCAAGGGUGGCGCAUUUCGCCGUCCCUACCUCAAGGCCCAAUCCAGCAGCGGCAGCCGUCAGGCUUCCCACUGCCUUCUUGAGGCCCAUCGGUGUAGCGGCCAGUAGCACCACGUCGUCGGCGAAGGCGAGGUAUUGGUGCUUCACACCCCCCACCUCCACUCCGACUUCCUUGGGCAGGGCGGAGAGGGCCCAGUCGAGCAUCAUAUUGAACAAGGCAGGAGACACAGGGUCCCCUUGGAAAACACCCCUGCUCAAGCCAACAGGGGUGCCGUCGAUAUCAGAGCAGGCAUGUCUGUAUAUCUUGGCAACGUAGGAGGCGAAGUGAUCCCCGGUCCCCCACCGUCGGCAUGCCGCCUCGAUGGCAGGGUGACCCACUGAAUCGAAGGCCUUCUUGAAGUCCAAGAAAGCCAAGUAGAGGUUUCUAGGGCCGGUCUUUGCCUGGUGGAUGGCGUGCGCCAACAGCAUGAGGUAGGCGGCACAGCCCUCCUCCUUCUUGAAACCUCUCUGUGCAGCUGGAAGGGGAGCCUCGGUUGCUAGACGUCUGGCCAACACCCAGUGGAGGGUCCUCGUCAGGAUGGGGGUGAUGGUCAGCGGUCUAAAGUCAGAUGGGUUUUCCGGUACGUCUACCUUCGGUAUCAACACUGUCCGGCCCUUCAUCCACGAGCGCGGCAGGUCUCCCAUCAAGAGGCAGGCAUUGAAGGCCCACCGUAGACAUUCGGACCCCAGCGCCAAGACGUCCGCCUUCCUGCGUCUGUCCGGCCCCGAUGCCGUACCAGUCUUGGUAGCCCUCAGUGCUGCCUCGAUGUCUACCUCAGUGAUGGGGGCCAGUAGCUUGUGACUGAGCCCCGGAUGGACGACUGAGGUAGAUGGGCUAGGCCCUUGCGGGCUUCACCUCUGGAAGAGUGCCUUCCAGAACGCAAGCGUCCCUUCUGGCCACUCCUCUCGCGCCUGCGAUGGACCCAGGCCGGCGGCCACCCUCUUCGCCGCCUGGCCUCGGUCCCUCUUCCACGCCUCCUGGAAGAGGGCGAACUCCCAGGAUCUCCUCUUCCUCCUGGAGCCGAGCGGUGGACCUGCCCGGCCUCCCCUGGCCAGUGUCCGCAGGGGGACAGAGGGGCACCAUGUCUCGAUCAGGUUGUGGACCUCCUCGGCGGUCUUCGGAACCUCGACACCCAGCGAGCCCGAAAGGUCUUGGACAGUCUUGCCCAGGAUGACCAGUGGGUCCUCAGGGGCCGGAGGUGGUACCAUGCCCGAUGGAAGCUCCUCCACCUCCUCGUCGAUGGUGGCAAGAGAGGUGGGAGGAGUUGAGGCAGGAUUCAGGACUGGUCGUCCACUUGACCUAGUAGUCCUUUGGGUAGAGGGUCGUGGGACCGAAGCGCUGUAGGCCUCUUCCAGCGCGGCCUUAUACACGGCCUGCUUCCUCUUACCCUUGAUGCUCUCCACCGUGCGGUGGGGAAGCACCUCACGCCUGAUGGCCUCAUUCAGGCCACCAGCCACCAAAUGAUGGUCCCUCUCAAAGGCAGCCAUCAAGGCUACCUCCUCGGGGGUCCACCAGGCCUUUGGGGCUGCUUGCAGGCGUUGAACCUCUGCGGCAUGAUAUGCUUCAGGGUGACAACGUCGCUUGUGGCCUCUCCUCCCAGCGAAGCUUUUGAAGGAUCGGCCACAAUGAGGACACGUUGGAGAACGCUCACCAGCCACAAGUGGUGUGGUGGGUGCAGCACCUCCCUCCAUCAGAAACUGUGAUGGAAGGAAAAAGCAAAGUCAAACAGUGCUGCGCCCUGCAAAUAGCAGGGGGAGUGCAACUUAGUUGCUAGAGUAGACUGUGGAAUAGUCGAGGGGGGCGGCGGGAAACCCCCCUAACUCCAGCAUCCAGCGGGCCCACGGGGAGGGGUUGCACUCUUAGUAUCUACUUCCCAUAAGAGAGUCAUAGUUAC